UGUCACUAUGGAUUUAUAUUUGUGUCGGAUGGAAAUACGUCGAGAGCUACGCCGGCGGACAAUUUAUUUCAAUUAUCAUGAAUAAGCUCAGUGGAGACGCUGUGUGUUAUCGUUUGCUCUAGACAAAUAUAUCAACUAUAUUAUUCGUCAAGCAAAAGGUUUAUAGCGAGUGCCGUGUAACGAAUAAUGGUUUGGGAAGAAACUAUAGUGACGUCUCGCGAUUCAGCCUUGGAUAUUAUGGUUACGAGAAAAAGUGUAUUUUGAAAAUAUACCAAGUGUUUUCUUGUAAAAAACGUCUGUGAGGUAUUCAUCGACUGUGUGGUGAUUCCGUUCGACGUUUUUGGUGUUGCAUAUCGGUGUUAUGUCGGGUGGCAGGAGUAUCGACAAGGAGCGAAAGUCUCCUCGGGAAAGCGGGGAGGAUUCGGAGGAUGAGAGCGAGAUUCUCGAGGAGAGCCCCUGCGGCCGGUGGCUGAAGCGCCGAGAGGAGGUGGAGCAACGCGAUGUCCCCGGCAUCGACUGCGCCAACCUCGCCAUGGACACCGAGGAGGGUGUCGAAGUUGUGUGGAAUGAGGUUCAGUUCUCCGAGCGCAAGAACUUCAAGGCGCAGGAGGACAAAAUACAGUCGGUGUUCGACAACCUCACCAGGCUGGAACAUCCCAACAUCGUCAAAUUCCACCGGUACUGGACGGACACACACAACGACAAACCUAGAGUAAUAUUCAUAACGGAGUACAUGUCCUGCGGCUCCUUGAAGCAGUUCUUGAAGCGCACCAAGCGGAACGUGAAGCGACUACCCCUGCAGGCCUGGAAGAGAUGGUGCACGCAGAUACUGUCUGCGCUCAGUUAUCUACACGGCUGCGUGCCUCCCAUCGUGCACGGGAACCUCACGUGCGACACAAUCUUCAUCCAACACAACGGGCUGGUGAAGAUCGGCUCCGUGGCUCCUGACGCCAUCCAUCAUCACGUCAAGACCUGCCGCGAGAACAUGAGAAAUAUGCACUUUAUUGCACCGGAAUACGGAUCAUCACAAAUGGUGACGCCUGCGAUGGAUAUCUACUCAUUCGGAAUGUGCGCAUUGGAGACAGCGGCACUUGAGAUUCAGGGCAAUGGCGACUCUGGCAGCCACGUCACGGAGGAACACAUCGUUCGGACGGUCGAGUCCUUGGAGGAGCCGCGCCAGAAGGACUUUAUAUACAGGUGUAUAAACAAGGACCCGGCCAAGCGGCCCACGGCGCGCGAGCUGCUGUUCCACCCGCUACUCUUCGAGGUACACUCGCUCAAACUCUUGGCGGCGCACACUCUCGUCAAUACUACAGCGAACAUAUCGGAGACGAUCACGGACGAGGUGGCGGGCGGCAGUAGCGGCGAGGCGCUGGCGUGGUGCGUGCGCGGCGGCGAGCGGGUCGAGCUGGCCGCGCGGGACCUGCAGCCCCACGCCGAGAAACUGGAGAAGUUCGUCGAGGACGUCAAGUACGGCAUCUACCCGCUGACGGCGUACGGGCGGCGGCGGGGCGCGGGCCGCGCGGCGUCGCCGGCGGAGCGCCUGGCGGAGUCGCAGCCCGCGUCGCCCGAGCCGCGCGACCUGGAGACGCGGCGCGUCGUCAACAUGAUGUGCAGCCUCAAGCCGCACCCACACCCGCACCCCGACGCCUCGCCCGCCGACCUGCUGAUGACGAUCCUCCUGCGCAUGGACGACAAGAUGAACCGUCAGCUGACGUGCGCCGUGUCCCGCCGCGACACCGCCACCGCGCUGGCGCACGAACUCGUGCAGCUCGGGUUCAUACACGAGGCGGACCGCGACAAGAUCUGCCGUCUGAUGGAGGAGUCCCUGCGCGGCAGCUUCGGUCACGCGGCGCGCGCGGCGCUGGCCAGCUAGUGCAUAUGGCGCCGUACGUAUGUCCUCUACUUCCGGAGCACUUAGCUUUUAUCGAUAUUUAAACAAGGUUUUUAGUCAACUAGUUGCGGAACCGGACUUGAGCUGAACGUCGGCGUCGCGGGACGUCAGGGCCAAGCCCGCGGCCGCAGUAGUCUUUAGAUUAGAGUUAACGCAUAUUUAUACGUAGAGAUGAUGGGUCUUAUGAUGAGAUUUUGUAUUGCCGUAUCAUGUAUUUUUACGUAAGUAUGAUAUGGUACCGAUUGAAUGUAUUCCGCGGAAUGUUUAACGGCUCACACUUAAAGCUUGUUUAAGCGGGGAUCGCCAGUUCCGAUUUUAAUAUUAUUUUUAAUAUUUAGCUCCUAAGAUGUGCAGACGCAACGUAAUUUCUAAAUUUGUUCGAUAAAAUAGAACCACUUUUCUAUUAUAGCUUCCUAUAAUAGGUCGAGAGUCCUCGCAUAAACAAGUGUUCAUCUGAAAUCUUCCACGUUGGUCACAAGUUUACUUAGCGACAGUUCCAGAAACAAACGAAAUUGAAGCGGAGGUAUUUUGUAGUGUUACUUGUAGCGCAGUGUUGCGGUACAUUGUGUGCACAGUGCGGCCAGCAAUCGCUUGUCUUGGGGAACGCACUGUGUGUAUAAUGUGCCAGUCGAGGUACCUUCUACUAUUGCAUUUCACCUCCCAAAAACUAACUAGUCGAGUGUGAAUCUAAAUCCGAUCAGCCGAAUCGUUCAUUUAAAUCGAUGCGCUUUCUUAAAGGAAAUUGUAAAAAUUCAAAGUUCUCUUUAAGACAAACUUGUAUGUAAAAAUUGUAAAAUUAUCGAAGAUUCGGAACGGUUCAUAAUUUAGUUGGAACAUCGAGUAUGCUUUAGUGAUGUAGAAUUUUGUAUGAAUGUGUAUAUGUUAUAAAUGAUAUUUAAAAGAAAAAAUAUUUAAAUUAAACGUUUACUUUUAAUUAUAUGUAUAGUGAGGCUUCCUCUUAGAGCUUUAUGGAUGUGGUUAUAAAUAAUAAGUAUACGGAAAAUUGAACAUACUCACUAUGAAGAUAAGGUUGAAAUUUGUACUGUACUCGCGUCGAUUAUUAUUACUUUUUACUACCGAGAGGUGUCACUGGACUUCGUUUGUUGACUACAGUCAAGUAAUUUGUUAAGAUUUUGUAUGAGGCGCUUAUCGUAGGAUUGUUUUGUUGAGGACGUCUGUACCCACUACACGCGUGAUGCAUUAUUUACUAAAGUUUCCUUAUUACACAUAGUUGGGCCAGGCCACACAGGCCUCCAUGCGGAGGGUUACAGGCGUCCAGGCACACAUUGUAUGCGUGGUUAAAGUCAAUUGUCCAAACUUGUGAUGUUUUAAUGUAAUUUAAUAAUUUCUUGGAUUUUGUAUUGAUGUCAAGGAAACUAAAACUACAAUUAGAUUUAUACGAAAUAUAUUUGCAAAACAUUAAAUAAAAUUGAAAGUGUCCACAUAGUCCAAUCGAAUUACCUUCUCACACGUCAAUACAAGAGCCAUUGUUGAAAUAUAAUAUUUUGCAUUUACACACAUACAUUUUGGUUUUAUAUACGUGAUGUUUCGGUUAUUAUACGUAAAGCUAUAGUGGUGCUAGUAUGUAUGUACAGCAUUGUAUAAAAUUUGCUAUAUUGUAUUGUCUCGACAGACAUAACUACACAGGAUUACGCGAUGUAUAUUGUAUUACUUUUUGUAUGCCCACGAGUCCACGUUUGUUUGAAUUUAUUGAACAUUUUUUUAUUAUAUUUUCAGUUCGUUUAUCGUUCGUUAUGUACAGUAAGCUGUGUGGUUGUGUCUGUGGUGUUAUUGUGUAUAUCGUCGUACAGAGUAUCGCAGCGGCACCGGUUCCUAGUUCGUUAUGUUUCGACAGUUUGGUGCUGACACACUUAUUUAUUUAAACAAAAUUAAGCUUAUGUCCCUUUAAACGCAACUAACUUACGAAUUUUGAACAUUUUGCCUUUGAGUUCCAAGACGCUGAUUCUCUAACAUUAUCAACCUGAUGUAACUGGUACUAAAAUAUCACAAUUCGUAGGUUACAUACAAACUAAGGGACACCUAGUUUCACGAUUGUUUGACGCUAGUGGUGCCAAAUAUAUGAGGUGCCAACGAUUCGUUUUAAUUUCAAACGACAGUUUACUAAACCUUAGUUACUAAACCUUCCAGUCCAAACAGAACAUAAGUAUGUAUUCCACAGUCAACCAGCUUGCCAUCGACAAACAACCGCCUCCAUUCUCAAUCAGAUAUAUCGGUACACUUAGCGAAGGGGCUUCGUAGACUCUAAUGUUCGCGUCGGUACAGUUUCGAUUCAUUUCCAUGUUUCUUGCUUCAUCAGUUCCAACCCAAUUAAUGGUUUCAGUACCACCUACAGUCCGGUAUUCCUUGAGAUAUUUACACUGUCUUUUUGUUUUCUCCCUUGUUUGUCACAUAUAUCAAUAUGUGAUUGUACGACGCGAACAGCCCCUCGGUUCCCUGUAGCGUAUCGUCAAGUAUUCGGCUAAGGACCGUACUCACCGCGAGCGUGUGUCGGAGGAAACUGUGUGCCACAUACUUUGUGUAGCCCACAACCGGAAUAUAUUUUUGUAACGUUUCACCUCGUGUGUAUAUAGAUCUGAGUAGAGAGCUAGCUCGGUGUACCCGGAGUGCGGAGGGUUGUGGCUACGACACUAUGCAGCACGCACAGUGUCGGCUCGGCUAGGAGUUAGUGGAGUUAGUAGCGCCGUAGUGUAGAGUAGUGUAAACGAAAGACUGGCUAAUGUAAAGAGUUAGGUUUGUACGGCGGGACGCCCCGCGCGCGGCGCCGCGACAUGUUACUUGUGUUACUCGGCCUCUCCAUCGAGCGUAUCUCGUAUUGAUAAGGUUAUAAUUUAUUAAGGGUGCGGGAAUUUUCGUAUUCGUUACCAAAAAUAUGUACGCUUACUUAAAUAUAUAUAUUAGGAAAUAUAAUUAAAUUAUAAAAUAUUAGGAAAUUAUUAAAUUGAACAACUCGGUAUGUCGGACGCCGCGCGCGAGCCAUGUUGGGAGGCAGGUAUAAUAGCUAGUAAAAUGGCGUGUUCUUUGUAAAUAUUCGCUUUUAGUCUAAAACUAUACUAUAAAUGAUUAUUGUUGUAACUGUAAUUGAUUUACGUACGAUCUACUUAUCUACCUAUACAUACAGACGCCGCUACAUUACUGAUUUGCUUCUAUUUAUAUAUCUCGCAUUUUUAUUUUGGUUUAUAUACCAUUUGGCUGCUUUGGUUGUACGGUUUUGUGUUCAGAGAAGAAUCCUACAUUUUGUAAUAAUAUAUACUGUAUUCAGAUGAAACUAAUAUUGUAAAGUGAUAUGAUUUAAUACAAGUAAAUGGUAUAAUGCCAAUGUUAACAAGACCCACUCGGCCGAGCAGCUGUACUAACGUUAACGACAGGCCCCAUCACAACGUUACCUACUGCUUUUGCAAUAAUUAGAGUAACUCUCCUUACAUUAUUUAUGUUCCUAAAUGUACCAUUUCACUUGGAAGGCGCUACAGUAGUACUCGACUCAGCACAUUACCAAUGCAAACUAUUCAGAAUAUCUUUAACUGGUGCUAUGUAUUUCCAUACUAAACUUAGGCUCCCGGAUUUACUCAGAACAUUUUCUCGAAGAGGCUGGAUCACUUAACUUUAGCAAUAUGAAUCUAAAGACGUAGUUGAUAAAGCCCAUUGUUACUUGUAACUCCUAAAGUUAUAGAUGUUACAAGUUGUCUUGCAUUGCGACCGAUAGAUGGCGCCCGCGAGUCGAAUGGUACCUUAUUUAAUUUAUAGUAUUUUAGUUUGUCUCAGAUUUAUUUGUUGAACGUUGUAUUUACGACAAGUGAACACAUUGUUUAGUUUGAUUAACAAUAUAUUGUUGUAUAUAAUUACCCGAUUAGUGUUCUGGUUUUUCUUUUGAUUAUCCAAAGAGAAAAAUGUGUUCAUCUAUGAAAAAUAUUUUAAUUUGCGUUUUAUGAGAUUGUAACAUAAUUAUUUAUUGGAUCCAGAAAUGCAUUUCCCACUCGAUUUUAUGUUUUCGACUACAGUUAUUGUGCAAGUAACCGAAGUAUGAUUUAGCUAUAGUACAUAUUAUUAUUGUAAUGAUACCUAUUAUGAUUAUGCUCAAAGUGACUUGUAAAGAAUCCAUAACAAAAUAUGAUCGAACGAUCGAGUGAUGUUUGCAUACUAUUCUACAAUAAAGAACGUCAAUAAAGUGUAUUUUAAAAAAGUA